AAAUGAUUUUAACCAUUUGAGAUUGUAUUAUUGAACAAUAACCGUUCGAUCUUUUUCUGUAGGUUUUAGUACCUGAAGUAGGGUAAAUACAAAAUUUAUCUUUUUGUUUCUUUAAAAUAUAAAUUUUACAUUACCUUAUAUUUCUACCUAGAUCGUAUAAUUUGCGUGGCCUUCAUACUCGUCAUGACGCGUGGCUGUGAAACACGAAUUACAAAACAAAAUAACCUACCAAUGAACCAUAUUAUAGGCCCGUUGGUUUUUAUGAAUAUGAAUUUUAAAUAUUACUUUUUAUUUCAAAAUCUAUUUUAGGACCUGAUUUAGUCUUAAGACUUCCAAGCACCAGACUUAUUAUACAAUUAGCGAUGCAAAAUACGAAGCAAAUUCCUGAAACCAGUAGAUGUGAACCCGCUAUAUACGAGUAUAAGAAAUCUUCGUUUUCGGAGAUAUACGAAGUAUUACAAUCGUUACGAAAAGAUGAGAUUCUUUGUGAUAUUAAACUAGAAACAGACGAUGGUGAAGUUAUAUUCGGCCAUAAAGUGGUUUUAGCAUCGGCUAGUCCAUAUUUCCUUGCAAUGUUCACAAAUUUUUCAGAAAAGAAUCAAGAUCAAGUUAUAAUCAGGCAGUUGGACUCUAGAGCCUUACAUCUCUUAAUAGACUUUGUUUAUUCUGGGAAAAUCUCAAUCACAGAAAAAAAUGUACAGAUUUUAUUGUCAGCAUCAAAUCUUUUGCAGUUACAAGAAGUCAAAAAGGCAUGUUGUGAUUUUCUACAGACACAACUAUGUCCUACAAAUGUUAUUGGGAUAAAUGCGUUAGCUGAUUUACAUGGCUGUAUGCAAUUGUCAACAAGUUCAGAAUUAUAUAUUCAACAACACUUUUCUGAUGUGGUAGAAGGAGAAGAAUUCCUUUCCAUGUCAUAUGAUCAAAUGGUUAAGUUGAUCUCUAGUGAAGAACUUACAGCUCCACCUGAAGAAAAAAUAUUUGAAAGUGUUAUACGAUGGGUAAAACAUGAUUUGGAUUCUAGAAAACAAAUUUUGCCCCAAUUAAUAGAACAUGUGCGGUUACCAUUAACAUCGAGAGAUUACAUAUUAGAAAAAGUACUGGUUGAACCUCUUCUUAAUAAUUGUCUUGAAUGUAAAGGUUACGUUAUCGAAGCAUUACAUUUUCAUUUACUCAAGUCAGAUGGGCUUAUCACCAUUCCUCAUAACAUCCGGACAAAACCGAGACAACCUGGUGGUACACAUAAACAGGUUAUUUUAGUGGUUGGUGGAUUAGGGCACGGUAAUGCAAUAUUAGAUAGUACAGAAUUCUACGACCUAAAACUCAACCAAUGGCAAUCCGGACCAAAAAUGAUUACACCACUUUAUUAUGGUGGUCUAGCUGUAUUAAAAGAUAAUAAUAUUAUGCUUUAUGUUGGUGGUCACAAAUACCCAUCAACUACUUGUAAGUCUGUCUUUGUACUAGAUUUAUCUUCAGAAUUACCUUCUUGGAAACCAACCGUUGACAUGUUAGUUAAAAGACAACAUUUAGGAAUUGGUGUGAUAAAUAAUUAUGUAUAUGCCGUUGGCGGUUAUGAUGGCGAAUGUUUUUUAAACAGUGCAGAAGUUUUUGACUGCAGAAACCAAUGGCGUUUGAUAUCUAAUAUGUCUACUAAAAGAAGUGGUGUUGGCCUUGGAGUACUGAAUAAUCUUUUGUAUGCGGUCGGAGGUUUUGACGGUAUAUCACAGCAGAGAUUAAAAUCAGUGGAAUGUUAUAAUCCCAGUCUCGACAAAUGGACACCAAUCGCAGAAAUGAGUUUAGGUCGAAGUGCUUUGGUUGUUGGCAUUUUAGAUGGAGUACUAUAUGCUGUAGGCGGUCAUGAUGGAUUUUAUGUGCACAGGACUGUUGAAGCAUACAGACCAAGUACAGGGGUUUGGACAACUGUUGCAGACAUGCAUUUGUGUCGACGCGACGCAGGAGUAGCAGUAUUAGAUGGGUUAUUGUAUGUCGUCGGUGGUAGCGACGGACGUUGUGUUCUAGAUUCUAUAGAAUGUUACAACCCCAACACCAAUACAUGGACCAUGGUCACAGCGUCAAUGAAUGUUCCACGAAAUUAUUUAGGAGUAGUAGUCAUUGAUAGUCUAAAUUUUAAAACUUGUUAGUAUUCGUUGUUUUUUUUUUUUUUAUAUAAUAUAUAAAUAUUUUCUUAUAUUGUAUGAUAAUUUUCUAUUUACUUUAUAGUUUUUGAAUGUAUUACUAAAAAAUUGUUUUAACUUGCACUAUAAAUUGAUAGACAAUGACAUGCCACCAUUUGUUUAAAUAUAAUAGCAUUGGAUACGAAAUUUUUAAUAUGGUCCUAAUUUGUGUGAUAAUAUAUUUAUCGUAUUUUUUAUAAAUUUUUAUGGUUUUUGAAUAUUUAAUUAAAAGAUUAUUUUUAAUUAAAUUUUAAUAGUUAGAAAUAUA